AUGGAUUCCAAAAAAGCAUUCAUCAUCCUUGGCCUUUUGGCCAUGGUUCUUCUUAUUUCAGCAGUGGUGUCAGUUAGGGAUUUUACUAAGACUUUCACUAAUACCAAAGAGAAGGCUGACGAAAAGUCAAAUGAAGCAAAUGGUGCUAAAUAUUAUGUUGGAGGUUUCGGUGGUUAUGGAAGCUAUGGUUGUUAUAAUGGUAGUUACUGUGGAGGCUAUGGUGGUUACAAUGAUGGCUAUGGUGGUUAUCAUGGUGGUUAUGAUGGUGGAGGAAGCUAUGGUUAUGGCGGUAGAGGUGGUUAUAACUAA